CUCUCCCCUCCGGCCCCAUCUCACGCCCUUGGCCCCUCCCCAGCCCGCCGCAGGUCGGUGUUGCUGGGGCGGGACUCGCUCCCGGUCCCGCCAUGCAGGCUGGGCCCCCGGAGUCCCGCGUCUCCCGCUGGCUGCGGCGGGGCACCGGCCUCCUGGCGCACCUGGUGGCGCUGGGUCUCACCCUCUUCCUGCUGCUGCUCUCCCGGCCCGGCACCAGUGAGUGGGGUCUGUUUUCUUGGCACCCUGUCUUCAUGUCUAUAGCGUUCUGCCUCUGCCUCCCCGAAGCCAUCCUGCUCUUCUCGCCCGAGAACUCGCCCUUCUGCCUCUGCUCCCGCCAGGUGAAAGUGUGGCUGCACUGGACCGCGCAGACGCUAGUGGUUGUGGCUGCCACACUGGGCCUGGCCUUCAUCAUCUCCAGCAAGAAUCGGAGCGAGCUCCCGCACUUGGUUUCCUGGCACAGCCUCCUAGGUGUCCUGACUCUGGCUGCCACCUGUGGGCAGGCUCUGUGUGGGCUUAGCCUGCGCUUCCCCCAGCUGCUGAGGAUCUCUUCUGUGGCACGGCUGAGGCUGUACCAUGUCACAUGUGGCCUGGUUGUGUGUCUGCUGGCCACCUUCACUGUAGUCCUCGGGAUUUUCUCUGACUGGUUCCAGGCACAGAUCAAAGGAAUAGCUUGGUAUUUCUGCCUGGCACUGCCCUUCUACCCUGCCCUGGUGAUCAUGAACCAGACCACAGGCGUUCAUCUACCGAAGAAAAGGGUGCGUGUCUGAACUCCGGCCUCCCCUCCUCCUUGUGCCUCUUCCCACCCUGGGUCUGAGCUCUGACCUGCCCAUCCCCCUCUCUUCUCCCCCCUUCCACCCCUGGGUCUGAGCUCCAGCCUGCCCAUCCCCUUCUGCCCCCCCAACACCCCCUCAAGUCUGAGCUCCCACUUGCCCUUCUGCCUUCGUUCCACAGUACAUGGAUGCAUUGGGGCUAGUCCCUUCGCUCCCUGUACUAAUGAGCAUUUUCCCUUGUGCGUUUAACAGAGCUGCUCUGUAGGCAUAGGUCCUGAGCUGGCAGAUCACAGCUAAGAUAGACACUUAAUGUCUUUUUGUUCAGGUUUGACCCAGGGCUCAAUUUCAAGCUCCUGGCUCACACUGGAGUCCCUGCCCCUGAGCACUGCAGCUCAGCUGGUCCUGCCCCUGGAUGAGUCCCUUUGCUUUUGAGUGGAAAGCCCCGGCCCAUCUUUGCACGCAGAACUCCACCGGCAAUCUCUGCUUGUUGUUCGACCCCUGGGGCUGCUGGGAUUGUAAAUGAGGCAGAAGAGCACCUGGGUGCAAUAGGCCCCAGAUUCUCUUCAAACUGGAUUAAUUAUUGUUCCUAAUGUUACUCUGGGCUUUCCGUUGCCCUCUUCUCCCUGCAGUGCCCCCCCCGAGCCCCGACCCAUGCAAGUCCUCACAGAGCCCCAGGCUUUUCUUAGGCAGGAGGGUUGGAUUUUGUGGUAGUUGGACCCCCCAAGGGCCCAGCAGGCUGAGGGAGCAGUUGGAAGGAUAUGCGGCCUUUUGCCUGGAUUCUUGCCAAUGUGGGGUGUGAAAUGGGCCUGUGUGAAAUGAGUUGGUGGUCUAGCUGUGCCUGAGGCACCUAGAUCCUAUGGUGAGGGUGGUGCCAUAGACAGGUGGCAUUGGGUGUGGAAACGUGCACAUUCCUGCCCAGGCUGUACCCAUCCAGUGGAUGAGCAAAGGUCUUGGCUCUGCAUGGUCCUUUGACAAACACUGAGUUAACUUUAGCCAAGGAUGGGGUUAGGGGAUCCUGGGGAGGUGGUUGCUUGGCACCCUCCACAUCCCCCUCGGAGAAGCGGCUAUUUCAAAGGCCAGUUGCAGCACUUGACUUCUGCCCUUGAUUGUCCCCUGCUGCAAUGGCAGGUCUGUAUCUGUGGGUCGCUCUGGGGCAGAGGCCAUGGGUUAGCUCAGUGGGUUAUAAUGGGAAAGAACCAAGUUUGCAGUGUCCCUAGGGUUUUCAUGGGCUGGGAAUGGCUUUGUGUAGCCUGAGGGUAGGAUGCAGGUGUAGCCUGGGGUAGGUUUACUAGCUGUGGAGGCUUCAUAACUCGCAAUGACUUGGGCUUUGGACCUGGGCUCCACUGAAAAUUUAGGUCAGCAUAGCUCCAGAGCUCGUGACUGCCACAGCUGUGCUGACCGCACCCCCGGUGUUGACACAGCUGAGGUGACAGAAGCAGUUUUUCAUCAGGCUAGCUACCAUCACUCGGGUAGGUGGCAUUCCUAUGCCAAUGGAAAAGCCCCUUCCAGCUGUAGGCUACAUUGACACUGUAGGUAUGUGCUGGCAUCACUGUGGCGACGGAGCUGUGUUGCUAUAGUCCCCGUAGUGUAGAUGUAGCCUUAGUCAGCAGCAAAGCUCCUAGGGCCAUGUUUGGGGUGGGAGCUGAAUGACUCGCACUGUUCCCAUAUUUAACCAUUUUAAUGGCAGGACUUGUGGCAGGUGUCUGCCUCCAGUAUCUCAGAAGGUGCCCCACUGGCUUGCAUUGCAUUUCCCUUUUGGGGAUGCCACCAGUUCACCCUCUUCCUUUUCCUCUGCUGCUGUCUCAC